CAGGUACUGCUAUUUGCAAUUUGCUUUUUACAUAUUGAAAGGCGCUUCGAUUUCAACAGCUGCCAUUCCACGACAACCAAUUAAAGCCGCGCGAGCGGCAACAGUAUUCGCGAUUUAGUUUCGCUCUGCUCCACUCAAGUGCCGCUUCAGUCUCACUCUAACUUUGGUUCCUGAUAGUUGUUGAUAAAACAAACGGAAAAACUUCCGCCCCAGCGUUGUGUCGCAGCUGCUGUAGUAUUAUUAUCUAUAUCAAACGUAAAUAAGCGAUAAAUAAAAAUGCAAGAGACGUACCUGUACGAUCCGAACGUGCUGCUUAAGCUCGACUUUCAUCGCAGUCCAGCUAAAUUUCAGCCAUUCAUCUCCGCCGCCAGCCCGGGCGAGUCGUGGCUGCAGGUGCGCCCGCUAAAAGAUACGGAUUAUGAUCGAGGUUUCCUGCAGUUACUCUCUCAGCUCACGAAUGUGGGCAGCGUAACACGCACACAAUUUCUGACUCGUUUCUCGCAGAUGAAGGCCAGCGGCGAUUACUAUGUGACGGUCAUUGAGGAUACGCGAAAGGGAGAGAUUAUUGGAGCCGCCUCGCUCAUCAUUGAGCGCAAAUUUAUACACAAUUGUGCAGUGCGCGGACGUCUAGAGGAUGUGGUAGUCAAUGACACGUAUCGAGGCAAGCAGCUGGGCAAGCUCAUUGUUGUUACCGUGUCGCUGCUGGCCGAACACCUGGGCUGCUAUAAAAUGUCGCUGGACUGCAAGGACAAGCUCAUCAAGUUCUAUGAAACACUGGGCUAUGUGCUCAUACCCGGCAACUCAAAUUCUAUGACCAUACGUUACGAUGAGGAUACGCCAACAUUGAAACGUAACUCUACAUCGGCUGUCACUGGCGCCGCCGGCGAUGCUUACCAAACUAACUCACAAUUUUACAAUUUUUUCUCUCCUUUCUGCUACUGAAUGUGGGCGGCGCCUGUUUGUUAAAAAUAUGAAAGGUCGUUGUUAUAAUGCCCUUCAAGAGCACGUUCAUCAAGUAGCCAUAAUUUUGUACAAGUAUAUAUAAUUUAAUUAAUAAUAAACAACAAAUGC